CGAAACUCUUCUGCUCUUCGUUCUACAUUGCUUACCGUCGUCGGAUACCUUCAAGAACUACCACACAUCUCUUUGCCAUGGAGAACACCGGAGCAAGUAGCGGGUUCCAGUACAAGAGAAGAAGAAUUCUAACCCAAACACAAAGGGAGGAGAUGGAGAAUGAAAACCAGAUUUCUGCUGAGGUAACUCCAUCUGUGGAGGGUCAAUCGUUCCUGGAUGCUUCGGAAAUUGAGUUUGAGGCAACUGCAGAGUGGUAUUUGAACUUCCAUCCUCUAGAGACCACAAAACACCCCGAGUUGGAUGCAUUUGUGGCAAAAUUAGAGUGUAGAGGGGAAGUCCACAUUCCGGUGGAGAGGAAGAGAAAAGCCCGGAAUGUCCCUUCACCAACAAGAGAUAAUUCUGAAGAGCGUAAUGAGCACAUCUCCUCUCCCCAAGAAUCUCAGAGGAGUCAGAGCCUUAGGGAAUCUCCUUCUAGAGUCUCCCAUUCCAACAUCCCAAAUCCAUCGUCUCCUAACCCUCACCCCGCCAAGCCUUCAUCCAAUACCUUUCAAGAACUCUUUGAUCGAAUGUCAAAGAAAAUUGAUAACAUUGCAGAAGAACAAAGAAAGAGGUUUGAAGUGCUUGAAAAAAAAGUUGAUGCUUUGUCAACUUUAAUAAAUCAAAAGAUUGUGAAUAAGGUGCCAGAGACGACAAUCAUGGGUGAUUGUAAGGAGACUGAGGCACGAAAUCCUUCCCCUGACCAUAAGGUUUCUCCAAGACUUGAUAUUCUCCAAAUUGUUGGGGAAAUUAAACAAGAGCACGAGAAUCAACCUUCAACUCUUUCUGAUUCUGUUCUUAGUUUAGAGAACAGAAAGGCUGAGUCUACCCACGAGACAAUGGGAACAGAAGAUGCUACCUCAAUGAAGCCUCUGCAGGAAAUGGUUGAGUCUUGCCAUGAGGUAAUGGAAAUAGACGCUGCUGCUGCUUCUAUGAAACCUCUGCAGGCUGAGUCUACCCACGAGACAAUGGGAAUAGAAGAUGCUGCCUCAAUGAAGCCUCUGCAGGAAAUGGUUGAGCCUAGCCAUGAGGUCAUGGAAACAGACGCUGCUGCUUCUAUGAAAACUCUGCCAGACAAGGUUGUUUCUCCCCCGAAGGAAUUGGGAGAAGAGGCUGAAAUUACUGAUGGCAUUGUGUAUGGAAAGCCCUUAAGUGAAGAAUUUUGCGAAGCAAAUGGCUUUGUAGAGGGAAAAACAGAUGUCACUCUCAUAGGACCCAACAUGUAGCCCGUGGUCUGCACACUCAAGGUUGAUUGUAUUGGUGAUGGGUUCCUGAAGAGAAUGUGGCGUUACUUUGUUGAUUCGAAUGGUUUGCGUGUUGGAGACAAGCUUGUGAUGAGGCCGGUGGGGAACAACACCUUUAUGGUGGGAGUUUACCGUCAUCAUAGACGGGAAACAAAAAAUUAAUUGAUUGUUAUUUAAUGAACAUUAUCAUUAUCU